AUUGAUAAUAAUAAUUACGUUGACAUGCGCAUUUCUACUUGAGGGGCUAAUUUUCCAAGCCCGAAGAAUUUGUUGAAGAAGGAGUGGAAAAUUGUUGGCAACUCUUUUGCUCCUGAUGGUUGCAUCAUGUCGAGGCGCAAGCAAGCCAAACCGCAGCACAUCAACUCCGACGAUCCCGGUUCGUUAGAAAAUGGGAUUCGAGAUGAUCAAGCUGAGGAGACAGGAAAUGAAGGGAAGAGGCUCAGAAUGGAUGAGACCAGGAUCUGCAACAAGUGUUGUGCUGAAUUCUUUGAUGAAGCAGAAUUUCUUGAGCAUGAGAAGAAAUGCACUAAAAGUCAGCAAGUGGUCAUCAUGAAAAACAGAGAUGGCAAUGAAGUGCCUGAGGAAUAUUCACAAGGCUCUCCAGAAGGCCUUAUGAGUGACCAGGACGAUAGCCAGUCCAGCAGCCAUUCCCCACCACAUGUCAAUAUAGACAAUCUGGAAAGAACGGAAGAAGAGUCCAGCAUGAAUACAGAGGACUCGGGACCGCACAAUCAGACAGAGAUGCCUGCUAGCCCGGAGAUGACUUUCCAUUCCUCACUGAAAAUGCAAGAUUCAAAUGUCACUCUUGAAACCAUGGCAGACACUAAAGUGGCUGUCUCCCAACAUCAUUCCAAUAAUACAUCUUUGAUCUCAACUCAGGAUGCCCUGCAGGCCAUCCCGACGAUCUUGGAACACUUAGUGUGCCUCCAGCAGCAGCAGCUACAGCAAAUCCAGCUCACGGAACAGAUUAGAAUCCAAGUAGCCAUGAUGACUCCACAUGGUCUCCAGUCAUCAGUAGGGACAGCAAUGGACCCUCUGAAAGCUCUUGGUGCACAUCUCUCUCAACAGUUGUCUGCUGCAGCAGCUCUGAUAGGAAAAAGGACCGGUAGCCAGAGCCUUUCUAUGGAGACAAUGAAGCAAGGUAAAUUACCUCUGCCUGCUGGCAUCCCUUCCUCUCUACCUGGAGGACUGGAAUCUAUGGCUCCUAAAACAGACAUUUUGAAGGGCAUCCCAGAUUUGGCUCACCGUUUACCAGCACUACUGCCACAGUCGCCAGGUCUCAUGGGUUUCACAAGCACCUUCAAUAGUAUCCAAGCAGGGAUUGAGUCUUCCAAAAAAGUGAAGACAAAGAUGCUGAACCCCCCACCGGAAUCAAAGAAUGUUGAGUCGUUAUACAAGCACAAGUGUAAGUACUGCGGGAAGUCCUUUGGCAAUGACAGUGCUCUCCAGAUUCACUUGCGCUCUCACACUGGGGAGAGGCCCUUCAAGUGUAACAUUUGCGGAAACCGCUUCACAACCAAAGGAAACCUCAAAGUGCAUUUCCAGAGGCAUCGAGACAAGUAUCCUCACAUUGGCAUGAACCCACAUCCUGUGCCAGAGCACCUUGACAACAUCCCCACCAGCAGUGGCAUUCCCUUUGGCAUGUCUGUGCCCAUGGACGAGUCAAACCUGACCGACGUUAAGCCUACAUUAGGUCAACCUACUGCUGGCUUCCACCAGUCACCUGUACCGGGAUUGAAGACAUUUGACAGCUUUGCAGGGGACCCAUUUUCCCAGAAACCCUCCCCAUCAACAAGUGAUUGCUCCCCAACAGUUUCCUCUAAUGUGUCUGGCCAAGAGACGGGAGUGGAUCCGCAUCAGAAGGAUGCUAAAGAACAGUUUGGAGCACUGCAUCAUAUGAAUGGUAAUUCCCUCAUAGGAGAACAAAGCUCUGGAACUGCAAAACUUCAGCAGAUGGUGGAUUGCCUGGAAAAGAGGACCAGUGACCCAAAUGAGUGUGUAAUCUGUCAUAGAGUGCUUAGUUGCCAGAGCUCACUCAAAAUGCAUUACCGCACACACACCGGCGAGAGGCCCUACAAGUGCAAAAUCUGUGGCCGUGCAUUCUCCACCAAGGGUAACCUCAAGGCCCAUUACGGAGUGCACAGGGCUAACACUCCUCUUAAAAUGCAGCACUCGUGUCCCAUCUGCCAGAAGAAGUUCACAAACGCUGUGGUUCUGCAGCAGCACAUUCGCAUGCACAUGGGUGGGCAGAUCCCCAACACCCCGAUGCCAGAAACCCAGCUUGAAGCAGCAGAAGCAAUAGAAUCAUCUCUAUCGGAGGAAAAUUCUACAGAUAUCAUUGGUUUUGAAGCAAGCCUUGAGGAUCAUGAGCCAGAGCUGAACUCUGAAAAGCCAAACGACACCUCAGAUUACCUCCCACCUGCCUCUGAGGAACAACCACAGAAUCAUGCUGCCCCCGCCAUGUUUUCCAGCCUGGAUGUUUUGAAGAAGCUCACCUCUGCUCUUGCACUGAAACGACAGAGUAGCACAGCUUCGGAAAGUGAGGGAACAUCCAAAGAAGCCCUACCAGCUCCCAGAAAGCAGGAAUACCAGAAUGGCCGCAGCCCUCCUGUUUCUGACUCAGCCAUGUCCUUUCACUCAUCUUCCCCGCUAAACCACAUGAGUAGUAGCAAAUCUCCUGAGUCGGUCGUUAAUGAAUUUGCACACAGUUUUUAUAAACCAGAGUCUGAGGGUGGUGCUCAAGGUGUCACUGAGUCGAGUGGAGCCCUUGACCUCACCGCUUCCAGCAGCUUCACCCCCAAAGUGAUCAAAGAAGAACCUGGCAUGCCAUACACUAAUGGAGACUAUGUUCCUGUUAACAUGUCGUUCAUGAGGAUGCCAUCGAGUCUGGCAAGUCUGGAGAUGAAGCUUCCUCCAGAGAAUCCUUUGAGCCCUCAUGGUUUGUUCAGCUCCCAUAUGCCUCAGGGAACAGCCAUGUCCUCCAUCUCCAGCACACCACGACGAUCAACCAAACAACACGUCUGUCAUGCCUGCUGCAAGAACUUCUCAUCUGCCAGCGCCUUGCAGAUCCAUGAGCGCACUCAUACAGGCGAGAAGCCAUUUGCCUGCAACAUCUGUGGCAGGGCUUUUACCACCAAGGGAAAUCUAAAGGUGCACAUCGGAACUCACAUGUGGAACAACACGUCGCGGCGUGGCCAGCGGCUGUCUCUGGAUAAUCCCAUGGCGCUGAUGGCGAUGAGCUCCGAGGCCAAGCUGUUGCCAGAAAUGAUGCAGGCCCCCAAAGAACUGGGUGCUCCACCAAUGAACUUUGACCAGUCUAUGUGGAACCAGUAUGCUGCUGCCUUCAGUGGGGGCCUGACCAUGAAGACCAAUGAAAUCUCUGUCAUCCAGGGUGGUGGCAUCCCGCUCCCUGGGAGCCCUGGCGGUGGGCCUCUGAUUGGAUCCACCGGAGGCCUCAUGAAGAUGGAUGGAUCCCACUCUGGCUUGCCUGCCUCCAUGGCCGAAAUGGAGAAGAACAGGUCGAGCAGCGCACCAAAAUCGCAGUUCCCACAUUUCAUGGAGGAGGGUAAAAUUGCAGUUAACUAGGGUUUUUAGCCAUCAGUCAAUUUACCACCUGAACUCAAUUUUUGAAUGUCUUCUUUUUUUGAAUGAGGUACAAUCAAUAUUCAGCGAGAACCUUGUAGAAUCUGCCUAGAUUGGUUGAGUUUUUCCAUAAACUUCAUUGCAGCUCUCUCCCCUACUGAUCAGAACGAUUCUCAAGUGUUAUUUUUAGUUGAACUUGAUAUAACUACUGUAGUUGUAUUUUAUUUGAUAUAAAUAUAUAUGCGGGUAUUCUUUUCCUGUGACUUUUGUUUUGUUUUGCUGUCUAUCCAGAAGUUUGAAUGUAUAACUUACUUGAAACUGCUUUAAUUCAGACUGUCUCCUCGAUACUUUUUGAAGGAUUUUGACUUUAAUAGGAAGUUUCAGGGCAUGACUUUUAAAGGACACCAUGUCUCAGUGUUCAGAAAUAUUGGUGUAGUUAACCGUAUGUAUCUAGAAUGACUACUUUAACUCAUUGUGUGCCAUAGGUUUUAUGACAUUGUACAUUUUUUGUAGUGGUAAAUGUCAUUAGCAUGUCUCAUUUUGAAGGGGCUUCUGAUCAGACUGACAGAUUAUCCCAGUGUCUUGCCCAUUAAAUCAACACGCAACAGUUCACUCAUCCGUUUCGGAUCAUGUAGAUUACAAAAAGGCUUUCAUCAUUGUUGCGUCGGUGCUAAAAUUCAAAAGUACGGUAGGAAAUGGCUCAAACCUUUUUGCCAAGUGCCUAAUUGGAAUUGUACAAAUGUUGCUGUUGUCUUUCACUGAACCAGAAGGUUGCUAUGGUGGCUCUGUUAGACUGAUGAAUUGAUGUGUUGUAACAUUGUAGCAUUGCAUUUUAUAUUUUCAUCAAGUCAUUUCCCCGCCAACAUAAAUUCCACUUGUAAAUCUGCAGAUUCAAAUUUAGUUGGCUGAGCUCUGAAAGCUGUUGUAUGCUUAAUCUUCUCAUGCCUGCACUUUAUUUCAGGUCUUAGUUACAUUUACAUUUUGUAGUCACAUUUCACUGCUUUUAUUGUGAUGGCUGAAUGGGGAAAGGGGCAAAUCAACAAUUUUGUUUACUUAUUUCCUUCCUGUCAAUUUUGUGUGUAACAACCAUUUAGUUUGUCAGACUCAGAUUAUCUUUCCUACGGUUAUCGUAUCCACUCAUAUAUUUAUUUAACUCACAAAAUGCUUGAGAUGAGGGGGGUAAGUUCUACCUCGUUUAGAUUUUAGUUGUCCUCCACGCCCCCUACUCUCAACGCAACGCUCUGGACGUUUUCCGAUACAUUCUCGAGUAUACGAGGAUUUUCAUUCUCAACCUGCUGAGUUGAACGGUAAUGAAUGUAUCACUGGACACUUUACACAACUCAGAAUGGUCAGAGUACUUUGUAGGCCCCUGCUGUACAUUCCUUAUCGAUAUGCCUUUGCCAAGUUGUGCCUUUCUUUAGCAAACCAUGUCAAAACUGCUUUCGGGUUGGUCUCUACAAUUCAAGUGAUGUUGAGCCAAUUUGGCCUGUUUACAAUGUAAAUGUUUUUGUUUUUCAAAUGUUUCCUACACCUAAAUAUUUUCUGAUUUUGAAAAAUAAAAUCAGGGUGACUUUUUCAGUA